CACACGGGGCCAGAGCUGCUCCGCUUGCGAGGGCUCACCCGGCAACCAACGACACUCACUCUGCUGCUGCGGUGCUAACAGCUCACAGCUGACCAGACGGAGGCCCAGCAUGCCAAGUGAAAGAACACAAGAUCCCUGAAUGUAGCAGGAAGACUCUGAAGUGGAAAAGUAUUAAGAGCUUUUUCAUCUGAGGGUAAGACAGAAUGCUGUUGAAGUGCUAUUUAAUAUUUGGCAGUAAUGCCUCCCAUUUAGGCCCAAGCAGGCUUGAAUUGCGCAGCUUGAAAUUCACUGUGGCUGCAGCCUUGAAGGCAGCGAGCAGGUUGACUCGUGCAUACUUACCUAGAGACGGAUGAAUGAAACUUCAGGGUCUCUGGACCAACAGACCCGAGAGUCUACCCAUCCUCAAAAAGAACUGUCAGCAGGUCAAGAUGUAAUACGAUUUGUGGACAAGCUCUGGGGGCAAACAGGACUCAUGAGUUGCGCUGGAAACAGAAGAUAGAGGGAGUGUAGGAGCUCGCCAUCUCCAAGCGAUCUACAUUGGGAAAAACAUGGAGUCCGCUCCGGCAGCCCCCGAUCCAGCAGCCAGUGAGCCGGGCAGCAGCGUCUCCGAGGCGGCCGCCGGCGCCAGGGACACCCCGGUGAACCUGGAGCCUGCCCGGAAAAGCGAUGCGCCGGCUCCCGUCCGCAGGCAGAGCUACUCCAGCAGCAGCAGCAGAGGUAUUUCUGUAACAAAGAAGACUCAUACAUCUCAAAUUGAAAUUAUUCCAUGCAAGAUCUGUGGAGACAAAUCAUCAGGAAUCCAUUAUGGUGUCAUUACAUGUGAAGGCUGCAAGGGCUUUUUCAGGAGGAGUCAGCAAAGCAAUGCUACCUACUCCUGUCCUCGGCAGAAGAACUGCUUGAUUGACCGAACUAGUAGAAACCGCUGCCAGCACUGUCGAUUACAGAAAUGCCUUGCUGUGGGGAUGUCUCGAGAUGCUGUAAAGUUUGGUCGAAUGUCAAAGAAGCAGAGGGACAGCCUGUACGCAGAGGUGCAGAAACAUCGAAUGCAGCAGCAGCAGCGUGACCACCAGCAGCAACCAGGAGAAGCAGAACCACUAACACCAACAUACAAUAUCACCACCAAUGGGUUAACAGAGCUACAUGAUGACCUCAGUAAUUACAUUGAUGGGCAUACCCCUGAAGGUAGCAAAGCAGACUCUGCAGUUAGCAGCUUCUACUUAGACAUACAGCCUUCUCCAGAUCAGUCGGGUCUUGAUAUUAAUGGAAUCAAACCAGAACCAAUAUGUGACUACACACCAGCAUCGGGCUUCUUCCCUUAUUGUUCUUUUACAAAUGGGGAGACCUCUCCAACUGUGUCCAUGGCAGAAUUAGAACAUCUUGCACAGAAUAUUUCUAAGUCACACAUGGAAACUUGCCAGUACUUGAGAGAGGAGUUACAGCAGAUAACAUGGCAGACGUUUCUGCAGGAAGAAAUUGAGAACUAUCAGAACAAGCAAAGGGAGGUAAUGUGGCAGUUAUGCGCAAUCAAAAUAACAGAAGCUAUACAGUACGUAGUGGAAUUUGCCAAACGCAUUGAUGGCUUUAUGGAACUGUGUCAAAACGAUCAAAUUGUGCUUUUAAAAGCAGGGUCUUUAGAGGUUGUGUUCAUCAGAAUGUGCCGUGCCUUUGACUCCCAGAACAACACAGUCUACUUUGAUGGCAAGUAUGCUAGCCCAGAGGUUUUCAAGUCCUUAGGUUGUGAAGACUUCAUUAGUUUUGUGUUUGAGUUUGGAAAAAGUUUAUGUUCUAUGCACCUGACAGAAGACGAGAUUGCUUUGUUUUCUGCAUUUGUUCUAAUGUCAGCAGAUCGCUCAUGGCUUCAGGAGAAAGUAAAAAUUGAAAAACUCCAACAGAAGAUCCAGCUAGCACUUCAGCACGUCCUACAGAAGAACCACCGAGAGGAUGGAAUUCUAACAAAGUUAAUAUGCAAAGUGUCUACUUUAAGAGCACUGUGUGGACGACAUACAGAAAAGCUUAUGGCAUUUAAAGCAAUAUACCCAGACAUUGUACGACUUCAUUUUCCUCCACUUUAUAAGGAGUUGUUCACUUCAGAAUUUGAGCCAGCGAUGCAAAUUGAUGGGUAAACGUAUCACCUAAGCACUUCUAGAAUGUCCGAAGUACAAACAUUAAAACAAAAGAAAGGAGGAAAAAAAAAAGGAAAAAAAAAAAAGAAAAGAAAAAAAAAAAGAAAGAAAACCAAGACACUUUAUAUGGCCCUGCACAGACCUAGGGAGCCAACACACUGCACAUCUCUUGGUGGUCGGGGUCAGGCGAAGGAUGGGAAACAAUGAAACAAAGUUGAACUUGUUUUUCUCAUGCAUAUGAUUUCCAUUAUGCCUACAAAUAUGGACCCUUUUUCUGUCUCAACUUCUCAAUCCUUGACCUCUGUUUACACAGACUGAGGGUACUAGUGUCAGAAGGUUGUUUUCUCUUGUAGUUCACUGCCCAGACUUUUGACAGAACAAUCAAUUUGUUGAUCAGAACAGAGUUCACCUAGUAAUCGGCGACUGGUGUGCAUUGCAGAGAUUCCAGCAUCAGUUUGCACAACUUGCUCAUUGUUUCAUGAAGGACGAUUUUUUCACCUACCACUGUUUGCCAGUAGACAGAACGGCAUGAAAAGGGUCCAUAGCAAUAGCAACAAUAGCAUUAUAAUAUAUUACAGGGUAAAUGGGCAUGAAGACUAUAUAUAACAAAAGAGAUAUUGUUUAUAUAUUGUUUUAAUUAAUAUAAAAUGUAGUUACUGGUAUAGCUUUUCUUGUUGAAUUGAUAAGGCACUUUCAUUUUGCACCUUUUUCUUUAAAUUAAAUGCUAGUGUGUUCAUUGUUGUGUUGCAUGUGCACCAGAAAUUCAAGUUUAACUGAAAAAGGUUUGGCAGGUACUGGUACAUUGGGAGGUAUUUAUGCUGCUGUUUUCCAUGUUACUUUUAAAGAGAGGCUGGUCAUAUCCUGAAAUGGGUACAAAUUUUUUUUAGAGUUGAAAAUAAUGACAGCUUUCUAAAUAAAAAUCGGCUUUUCAAGCUGUUAAAUUCAAAGGUACUUUUAUUUUCAGAUCUUUCAAACCUGGAUGUUUAAAACCUGGAUGUUUAAAAUUACAGGCCUAAAUUAAAAUUCAGGUGGACAAGUCAAAAGCCUCAUUUUCAAAGGUGCUGUGUUUCCCUGGUGAAAGUAGGCAAUUACAGAUCAGUUACAAAUGAAUAACACAGCAUUCUUGAAAAUCAGGCUGUUAAAUACAGUGUAUUUCUGCCCACCCUAAACACAGGUUUGAAGGUGUUUACUCAAGUCUGUAUCUACAGUGAAAGUAUGUGUGUAUGACACAAAUGUGGAAGAGAGACUUCUAUACAUAAUAUGACAUACUUUUUGUACUCCAUAUCGUAAACAAUGUCUUCAAACUCCAAACUCUAGCCUGUCAAAAUCCAUGGAGGUUUAUAUUUGACUUUGAAAGAUGAGACACUGACCCACGUUCUUUAAGCAUCCAGCAGUUUAGUUUCAGGUAGCUGAACAGAGAAGUUCAUUGUUCUUAUUUAAAAAGAAGCACUUUAUCAGAUGAGGACAGACUAACAAAGUAAAGGCACACUGUUGCUAGAAAGCACUGUUUUGUACUCUGUAUAAUGCCUGGAAAUCUUAAAUCUGCAUUCUGAAAUUGUGAAUCCCAUGUUGCGUAAUCAAUCAAUAAGCCUAAUCUUACUGUCUUUAAUAUUUUUAGUUACCAUUCCUUUUAGGAAGAAUACUCUCUCUUAGCAAAUCUGACAAGUAAAUUUAGUUCCAGAGGAAGCAGAUUCACAAUAAAUAACAUGACAAAAUAAACUGUGGCUGUUUGAGCCAGGGGUGCAUAAUUGUUUUAGAUGAGAUGAUGAUGUCUUAACUGUGAAUGCCUUGUAGGCCUGCACAAGAAGCACAGGAACUUUCAAAGAAGAAUGAGACAGAAUGUGCUUCACUGCUUUAAUUUCUAAGAAUAAACAAUCUCUUAUGUACAUUACAGACAUUGAGAAGUAGCAGAAGCGAACAGAAGCACACUAAAGCCUAAUCAUUUUAUAAAGCAGAAUCAGAUCAGUGGAUUAUUAUAAGAGGUUUAUCCUAUAAUUUGAAUGCGUUACCUUUGGGGCCAAACAGACAUUUAGGAAUUAUACCCUUUAAAAAUUUUAGUCUGCCAUCUCUGUGGUUUGAAAAGAGGAGGAGAUGAGUAUUGUGUGUUUCCCCUUCGAAGCUGUAUGUCCCACCUGCACCCCUGUGAGCACUGGGUCAGAGGAGUGAGAGGGCUUUUGUAAAAAGUCCAUGGAGGCAACCUUUUACACCUCCAUCUGGCCUGCUCCCCAAGCAGCUGCUCAUAGCCUAGUACAUGUUCUCUCCAGCCUCACUUUUCCUAGAACCAUUGUUUACUUUAUUGGAGUAUCUGGCAUGAUAUGGUACUUUCAUUCUAAUGUGUGUUCUUCUUUUUAAAGCAAUCCUUUUAACUAACAAAUGUUUUCUGAAUGUGACCAGCCUUAGGUGCUAGUCCUGUAAAGAUCAACUAAACUUAAUUUCAGUGUCAACUAAUUCAUAAUGAAGUAAGAUCUUAGAGAGUGAGAUGUAACUCCUACUUCUGACAGUAAGUAGACUACCAGGCAAAAUAUUUGGGGAUUAAUUUUCAGUCAUGUAUUCUUCUUACCUCUUCCUGAUGAUUAUUAGUACUUUACCAGACAUCUAGAUGCCAAUGUUUUUGUUUGGUAUCUAGCUCAGCAUAUUUCCACUCAUAAGUCAUUAACAACAGAUUUUGCCAGCAUUUACUAAUAAAAUAUACAACGAUUAAAAAAGUCUUCAGAUGGGGCCUUAGCCCAAAGCCCUUUGCAUCUGUGAUAUGAGUUUCCAGGCCAGAAGCUGCUGUCCUUGUAGUCUGUCGGAGCUCCCAAGUACUGGAAUCUUGUUAAAGGAGGUUCUGCACACAUAGCCCAAGUAACUCGGCUUUCCUGAUUACGGUUCACAGCCACUUGGCAAGAGAAUAUUAUCUUGGGGAUGUAGAAUCAAGUCAGUGGCUGGUCAAAGUGAUGGCCAGGUAAGGACCCAGUGCAGCAGAGGAAAUGCAUUCUGUAGAACCUCUGAGACUAUGGCCUGGUAUCAGACAAUUGACCAAAUUUAAAUUGGAAAUAUUUUGGGGGUCAAUGGAUAUUCAUGUGAUUAUGUUCAUAAUCUGCCCAGUUCACUUCAAACAAAAACAUGACAACAGCUGAACAUAAAGAAAUAAUAUAUUGGCUUUGAAUGGGCUGUUUACCUUGGAUGUUGCAGCUAUCCACAGAGAUGUUGUCUGGCUUUCUAGGAAAGAGCUACAGUACUAGGCUGUUGUUUGAAUAAGCCAAAUAUACUUUAACAUCUCCAGCAUUGUUUGACAUUUUAUGGAAUUAUGUGAAGAGGGAGGCUGUUUUUAAGUUUGGUUGUUCUUUAUUAAAGCUUAUCUGUCUUAGUUAUGGAUACCAAGAUAUCUCUGUGUGUAUGUGCACCUGUGUGUAUGAGAGAGAGUACAUUUGUGUGCGCACAUGAAUAUAUGCGUGGGAAUGUGUGAGUGGCUGCUUCUAGGCUGUUAAUUGUCAAUGGAAUAAAGAAAAUGUAUUCAAAAUACUUAAGUCAAAAAUAGGUGGAAAAAAGAUUUAUUCUAUACAAAGCCUUGUCUGGACCACUUUAGAGAGACUUCUAUUUUUUUAACCCUUCUAUAAAUGUUUGAUGGCACUUGAAAUAUUCCUGCAAUAAAAUGUGAUUUGUGUAAACAUUAAAAAAAAAAAUUUUGUAAUGUGAAACAAUGGAAGAAAGUAAUGUAAUUUUUCUAAAAAACUUUAAAAAAAAACAAAUGAACGAACUUUGUAUUAUUUUCUUGAUGGAAUUUGUCUAUAUGUCUUUGGAAAACUUUUUAUUUCAUUGAAUGUGCCAUAGUAGAGGUGCGUGUUUGUUUUCCUUUCUGGUUUUGUUUUUUACAUUUUAGAUUAAAGGAAUAGCUGUGUUCCGACAUUCCAAAAUGCAAGACGGCAUAGCAGUCACAAUUAAAAGGUUUGAUUAGUAAGCUUCAAUCAUUGUUGCUUUUUUUGCACAUGUUCUUCAUUCCUCUACAGUGCAAUAUGUACAUAGCGCACUUGCGGGUGUAACCUUGAUCCCUCAGGGAAAAAUACAUAUUUGUACAGGAUUUUUUUUUUCUUUUUUUUUUUUCUUCCUGCUAAGGAAUGUCGAUUAAAUCACUUGUCUGUUGUUGAGGGGCAGCCAGAUAAUAAUCCUAAACCACUGUCACAAAACAUUGAUUUUGUUUAAAUUUUGUGCCCUUUUAUUAUUUAAAAAAGAAAAAUAAAAGUUAUUUUAUGACA